CAUCCACCCUCCUGCAGUUUGUUAUUAAUUUCAGAACACAUCUGAAUUCCUUCUCUGUGGCAUAUGCUUAAGUAAAGGAAUAAAGUUCCUGGUCAGGGUCACUUUUUAAUUUCUCAUCUGUUGGUGUCAAUGCUUGUUACCAGAUUCCUCUCUGUAGCCAACUUUUCAGAUCUUCUCUGAGCACAACCUGGUGUUUGAAGACCCAUAAAGUGCCUCUGGUCACCAUUCUCUUCACAGAAUCAGUCUGCUCUCUGGGCAAAACAUCUACUGUACUGAGCUUUGCAUUUGGAACCAACUUGUCCCCGAGGCCUGGUUGAAAGCAAUUCUCUGGUGCCAUAACUUCCCAGCAUGGAGGUGAAGAACUUCAAGGUUUGGGAUUACCUCGUAUUUGCAGCCCUCUUUAUUGUUUCGUCUGGAAUCGGAGUGUUCUUUGCUGUUAAGGAGAGAAAGAAGGCAAUUUCAAAGGAGUUCUUAGUGGGGGGAAGACAAAUGACCUUUGGUCCUGUGGCCCUGUCUCUGACAGCCAGCUUCAUGUCAGCCGUCACUGUCCUGGGCACCCCUUCCGACGUCUACCGCUUUGGGGCCUCUUUUGGGCUCUUCGCCAUUGCCUAUACUUUUGUCAUCAUCUUGACAUCAGAGCUCUUUCUGCCUGUGUUCUACCAAUCUGGCAUCACCAGCACCUAUGAGUACUUACAGCUACGAUUCAACAGACCAGUUCGCUACGCAGCAACACUCAUUUACAUUGUGCAGACGAUUCUCUAUACAGGUGUGGUGGUGUAUGCUCCCGCCCUAGCGCUCAACCAAGUGACUGGGUUUGAUCUCUGGGGCUCCGUAUUUGCAACGGGAGUUGUUUGCACAUUCUACUGUACUCUGGGAGGACUGAAAGCAGUGGUGUGGUCAGAUGCGUUUCAGAUGGUUGUCAUGCUUGUGGGCUUCUUAACCGUUCUCGUUAAAGGAUCAGCUGAAGUUGGUGGAUUUCAAAGGGUGUUAGAGCAAUCAGCAAAUGGAUCUCGACUAGACAGAAUUGACUUUGAUAUGGAUCCUCUCAGGAGACAUACUUUUUGGACAAUAUCAGUGGGAGGAACUUUUACCUGGCUCGGGGUCUAUGGAGUUAAUCAGUCAACCAUCCAGCGAUGCAUUUCUUGCAAAACAGAAAAGCAUGCCAAGCUAGCCUUGUACUUCAACUUGUUGGGUCUCUGGAUCAUUCUGUUUUGUGCUGUCUUCUCUGGCUUAAUCAUGUACUGCUACUUCAAAGACUGCGAUCCUUGGACUUCUGGCAUUGUCUCAGCACCAGACCAGCUGAUGCCAUACUUUGUCAUGGAGAUAUUUGCCUCGAUGCCUGGACUACCAGGACUUUUUGUGUCCUGUGCCUUCAGUGGAACUCUGAGCACCGUGGCUGCCAGCAUCAAUGCCUUAGCAACAGUGACCUUUGAGGAUUUUGUCAAGAGCUGUUUUCCCCACCUCUCCGACAAGCUGAGCACCUGGAUCAGUAAAGGCUUAUGUAUCUUAUUUGGUGUGAUAUGUACCUCCAUGGCUGUGGCUGCGUCCCUCAUGGGGAGCAUCAUACAGGCCGCAAUCAGCGUCCAUGGCAUGUGUGGGGGACCGAUGCUGGGCUUGUUCACAUUGGGGAUUGUGUUUCCUUUUGUGAACUGGAAGGGCGCUCUAGGAGGCCUUCUGACAGGCAUCACCUUGGCAUUCUGGGUGGCCAUUGGGGCCUUCAUUUAUCCUGCACCAGCCUCCAAGACAUGGCCCCUGCCUUUAUCGACAAACCAGUGUGUCCCAUCAAAUGUGACAGAGUUUGUGCUUCCCAUGCUAUCCAGCAGACCUGCAAUCGCUGACACCUGGUACUCGCUCUCCUACCUGUACUACAGUGCAGUGGGCUGCCUGGGCUGCAUUGCUGCUGGAGUAAUCAUCAGCUCCCUCACAGGUCACCAAAGUGCCAAGGAUAUUCAACCAGUGCUAAUUAGACCCAUUUGCAACUUAUUUUGCUUUUGGUCUAAAAAAUAUAAAACACUGUGCUGGUGUGGAGUUCAGCACGAUGGUGGAACAGAGCAGGAGAACCCGGAGAAUGGCAGUACACAGAAACAAAGAACUGAAUCUGUCUUACAGAAUGGACUCAGACGAGACAGCCUGGUCCCUGUUUCAGGUUAUGAUCCUAAGGACAAAAGCUACGACAAUGUGGCCUUUGAGAAGAUUACCUAUUUCUAAGGCAACAUGUGCAUGCACACGCACACGCACACGCACACACACGCACACACACAGAUCCAUAGUCCACAUUCUUCUUGCCUAUUGGUUAGUAGUUUUGCAUAGUUGCUGCUGCUAGAAGACAAGAAUCUCUGUCUAUUUAUACUUAUUUAUAUCUACAAAUAAAAUGGAUGUUCUCCAGGAUAUUCUUCGGAAGAUCCAAACUUUCAAGUGAGGACAGUCAACCCUUAUGUGCCCUGGUGACUUCCUUCUUGAAUAAAUGAAGACUGGAUUUCAUCAUAGUACAAGGAAUUAUUCUCUUUGCUUUUUUGGUCAUAUUAAACUUCUUUUGGGGAGGCAGUUUUUUAACCAUCAGGUAUUUUGGAGUUUGGAGGCUGAUGAAGACGAGGAUAGACAUAUUAAAUGCUUCUCUGUCUCUGCUGAUUAAACAAGGGGAUGGAUUUACCCCACCCCCACACCUCCCAUAAAUGUAGACACGUUCUACAUUCUCCCCAUCCCACAGCUUCAGGUGGAACACACAGCUGCUAUUAAUACCCUUGCCACACACAUACAUCUUUAUGUCUUCUUCCAGUCAUUCCUGCUACUUCCGCCGUCCUCACCAAGCCCUAACAAUAAUUGUGCUGAGUACAGGAAGAGAGUGGAAUUCUGGUUAGUGAAAACAAUUAUAACUAAAUACUUUCCCCACUUUGGGCAUUCAGUGUUGUAUUUCUUUUCCUGUUUCAUCACCUUACAAUGAAAAAUUGCUUCUGUGCUCAACAAGAGGUGUGCAGUUUUUCUCUGGAGGUGGAUAAAAGCCUCCUACAGGAGGCUGUUAAGACAGCAUUGGGUAAAAGAGCCUUGCAAAUAGCCCACCAGCCCACAGGAAAUUUCACCAGGCAGGUGUUUUUUAAUGCACAACACCUUGUCCACAGGACUUACAUUCUGCUCAUUCAGCUCUAGCAUGCAAGCUCAAUGUGCUAAUGUAGCAGAAUAUCUUCUUAGCUGAACUCUAGUAGAUAAGUUUUAAAGUCCUGGAGUAAGAAAGACUACAAAAAUCAAAAGAUGAGUUAACAAAUGGAGACUUAGUGAAGAUUGUCUGGAAGAAGCAAAAUGAAAAUUCUUAAAAGGUAAGGGAAAGAACCAGUGACACUGAGGUUAGAUCAGAGGAAAGAAGAUAUAUUGUGGUAUUGUCAGAUAUUUAUCUUGCUGGCCAGGUAAGAUCAAGAGGCCUAGAAACAAUGUCAGCAAAGUAAGAAGAAAUGGUCCAAAUAGUCAAGGAUAGGGACUUCCAAAAGCUGUGCUGUCUAAAUGUUAGCCAGGAGGAAGCAACCUUAAAAGAAACAUGAGAUAGGGAAUAUUAUGUAACCAGAUUCUAUUAUUAGGGGGAAGAGACAGAAAGAGGGGGGAAACCCACAGAUGGAUGAAAAAAUAACUGGCAUUUAUAAGCCACAGCUCAGUGCUUUUCUUUUCUCAAAUAGGAGAAGACAAUAGGAAGAGAGAAAGAAAGAAUUGGGAAAAGGGUUAUAAAAGAGAUGAGGAAAAAUAUUUUUGAAAAAGGCUGAAGGAAGAAAAAAGGAGGUGUGUUUGGAAAAUAAUUGAAAUUGAGCAGGAACAAAAUUUCUAGAAACAUUUUAGUAGCUAGGACAUUCCUAUACAUUGUAACUUAAAAAAAUUAGGUGGAUGUUGAAAUCUGGGCAAAACCUCACUGGCAUAUAUAUUUGGAACAUAUUUCAAGAUUUUGAACUUUCACUUGAAAUUGCACAAAAACAAAAUGUACCAUAUGGCGUUUCAUUUCACUCGCAAGUUUUCUCACAUCUCUUGCUCACAAAUUAUCCUAGAGGUAUUUUUGUCCCUUUUAGGUCAGUACUUGAAUGUACUAUGUUAAUAUUUAACCAGAAAUAUUUUUAAUAUCCUUUUAUUCAGCCACAAUUUUCUUACCUGGAAUGUUACGAAAGAAUAAGGUGACUUACAAAUGGAAGGUAGUAAUUUCAUAUUAUUAUGUAAACCUCACAAAUACUUUCUAAUUGAAUAAACAUGCAAAGCUUUAAGGCUUCAGGUAGAAAGAGAUAGGAAUCCACAGGAGGAUCAUCUUCCACGUAGAAUCCACUUUCGUUGAGUAGCAAAGCAAAAAAGAACAAGGGAGUUUGGAGUCAAGAGAUUAGUCACAGCAGGCCUCUCCUACCCUCACUCUGGGGAACUUCAGCUCCGAGCUGCGUAAAGGCCACUGGUGCAGUACAAGAUCUCUCCAGUGCCAAGUUCAAUGCAAGCCAUGGAAAUGGGUUAAAUUUGUGGCUUUUUUAUUUUUAUUUUUGCCACAGAAUGACUAGGGAUAUUCUCCAUCAAUGGGGCUAUGAAUGAUGAGUUCUAGGACAGCCUAAAAGGUAUCAAACUUGAUGGUAGUCUCUGUUUAAAACACAACAAAUAUUGGUAAAAAAUGAAAUGGAAUAACCUUGAUGCCUGUUCUGCUUGUUAUAAAUGAAUCUGUUUUUUUAUUUAGUUAUUUUUCAAGUACCGUUUUCUGCCUUUUACUCCCUCCCCACCCCCCCCCACCGUGCUCCCCACCUCCCUCCCAUUUCCACCCUCCUUAGCUGUUGUCCAUGUGUCCUUUAUACUAGCUCCUCUAAAUCCUGCUCCUUGAAUGAAUCUGUUUUGAUGACUGGUGUCUUUGUUACCAUUUGAAGAAUACAGCUCAUUGAUUGAAAUAAGGAAUAUGGUCAAACAGCUUCGCUUCAGACGUAGUUCUUAUACACUUAUUUCAGUAAGUUUGGGAGAGGCUUUUAAAACUUAGUUUAUCUACAAAAUGAAAGGAGCGAAAAUUGUUUCCACUUAAUAGGGCUGUUGUGAGGAUGUAUGAGGUAAAUCGUGUAGCGUAGCUAAUGCCGUGACUGGUCUGCAUGGGGCAUUCGAUACUUGUUAAUCUGUAUUAUAUGAAGAAAAGGAAGGAAAUGGUACUCAUUAAUGUAUUCAUUUCAAGUUAAGUUUGUUCACUGUUUCUCUAGGAUUUUUAAGAUACUGGAAUAGUACAAGUAUUACUGAAGUAGUCUGAGAAUUAGAAAUAACAAGAUAAACAUAAGGUAUAAAUUAAAGUAAUGCCAUACAUUUCUAAUUAGUAGCCUUGUUAAUGCCAAGUUUAAAUAAAAUAUGUUUUUCUGGAGAGUCAUAAAUUCUUGAAAAAUAAUACUAUAAUAAAGAUAGACAAGUUUGUUACUGAGAAAUGCAAUAUUCAUAUCUUUGGUUGAGAAUUGUGUUUAUAACUGUAAACCUUGGUAAGUAGAUAGCAUUUUAAUCCAAAUUUAAGACUCAGUGCACAGUGAAAAGCAGCUGUGAUCCUCUAAAUAGCAAUGGAAGGGCGAAUGGCUUUUCUCUCUAUUUAAAUAGUACUUCUUGAAUCUUGAAUAAAAAUUUUAUUAUUUUGAAA